AGAUCGGACUUAGCUGCUUGCAGGUUUAGAUCGUUUCAAGAUCGUUUCAUUCGGCCUCGGCCACGCCGGAGAUUUGAAGUUCCCUCUCAAGGCGCGGAUUCGUCUCAUGUACAAGUACAGUCCCAUUUGUGGACACUGCAUGCCCCAAAGCACGAGGAUAUGGCAAACAGUACUCCCCUACCAUCCCAGCCUCCCCGGGCUUUUGAACCGCUGACCAACAUUGACUUCGGAGGCCCAAGAGGCCAGCUUCUCGGGUCCUUGACAAGGCUUACGUUCCACAUGACAUCCACACCUUACCCAAUCAUGGGAAUAGAAAUAUGUUACUCCGAUGGAAGAAAAUGAUCGGAUACGCCGCUCAAUAACUGGCCUAGGUGGCUUGCAGGUCUUAACGAACUAUGGACGAACGGCCAUUUUCGCUCCUCUUCGCUCUCGACUCAACGCAUCUGUUGAGAUAAUACCGAUUCCGCCUGGUGACACCAUCACUGGACUUGUUUCCGUUGAAACAGGAUGUAGCGAUACAUUGAGCAGAGCUUUGAGCAUAUCCAACCGUUUCUUCCGAGUCGGUAUCCAGUCCCAGCAAUGUGAUGAACAACCGACACCGCAUGUCGAUGUUCUGGAUGGUGAAACCCAUCAGACCCCCGACGAUCAGCUGCGAUACGACGAAAAAAUCACGCAUUUCAUAAAUAGUUGCAAUCCCGGUAGUACCAAACGUACGCAUCACUCCAGAACGUCCGCAAAAUCACGGCAUCCACGGGCAUCCGAUCCCGAUCCCCCAUUCGCAUAUCCGGCUUAAAGCUCUCGUAUCACAACCAUCCAAGCCCCAGUGUUGUAGGACAAUGGAUGAAUCCACUCGACAAUAGUCUUGAACUCGCCCCAGAUGAAAAAGUCCAAUCGUUAACGAUCUGGCUCACACC